GGAUUUCAUUCAACUUAGACAUGGACUUAAUACAUUCCUUUAAGGUUAAAAAAUGAUCAUUUCAGGGAAAAACGAAAAGCUAAGCAAAUAACCUGGAAAUAACGGAAUUAUGUUGUAAUACUGGGAAUAUUUGGUCGGGAAAACCUAUAAAAAGCGAAUAGAUGUUACAGAAUAAUUUAACAAGUGAAUGAAGACACGAAGCUGAAAUCAUUUUUCCGCAAGAAGAAAAAAAUUAUCAAUUUGAAGAUAAAGAAAUUUAAACGAUAAUAUGGAAAUUUCAAAGGAAAUGGUGUCGAUGGAAAUAGGCUGUCAAGAAUCCAUGAAGGAAGGGACUGAUAAGAAUGAACGUCAAGACACUACACUCGAAUCGCCAUCUCUCUACCCUACAUUUUUCCAUGCUCGUGACGAUGAUUUCACAACACAAACAUGGCGAAUCAAAUCCGAAGUUCAAGCUGGUCAUGUUUUUGGCGGUCACUACUUGAGAAUAAAUGGCAGUAAAGUGUCAGCUGAUGCAGCAAGAAACGACAGCAAAGCUCAGUUUAAAAUUCAUUGUUACUAUGACGACCGACUAGAUAGGGACCUGUGGAUUUUCGAAAGCGCUUCUGAUGGGAAGUUCAUCGCUAUUGAGAAUGACAGAAUCGUUGUCAAGAGCGUACAAACRUCUCUUACCUCAAUCGUACAUGUUAAAGCCACGAAUCCAGAAAUCCUUUUUGUCAAGAAACCUCUCAGUCCAGGAAGCACGGUGUUCACUCUCAGGUUGUACAGUAGCUCCACCACCAAGUAUUACCUUGGUUUUGACAACGUUAAUGGAUCAGCCAUGAUUCCAAGCAAGGUUCGUCCAACCACRAAGGAAGCAAAAUUCAGAAUUGUUUGAGCCUGUUUGUUGAGAAAUUAGGGGUCCGAAUGUAAAACCUUGUGGAACACCCCAUUAAAUAUUAUAUAGUUUUAACUUAGCUUAAUCGUGUAGGAAUUUGGAAUAGUGAGUGUAUAAUACAUAAUAUAAGUAUAAGAAUACUUGAGUAUCUCAGAUGACAAACUUUGUACCAUUUAAUGUACUUUAUGCUGAGAAGUAAAGCAAACAAAAGAUUUUUGUCGAAAAAAUGCAAUGUAUAGAUAGAAAAUAAAAGUGCUAAGGUUUCUUAGCUGCCUUAACUUUCAAAUUGAAAACAUAACCA